UGAACCCGCACCGGGAAGUUUGGCAGCCAAUCGGAGGCGCCUCCGAAGAAGGUUCGUUGAGGGCAGCUCGGGUGCCUGUACUCAGUGCUGGUGAGUGCCGCCACCAGAACAAAGCCUGGUUCCUAAUAAAGAGCUGCUGUUGGAUUUCGAAGCCCCAAGAGGAUGCCAAUACCAGACAUUUGGAACGUGAUCCCGGAAGAAAUUCUGUCCCACAUAUUUUGCUACCUCCCUCUCAAGGACAGGCACGCGGCCUUCCAGGUGUGCAGGCGUUGGGCUGCGGCGGUUUCUGCCAGUUCCGUCUGGAACUUUACAGAGGUCAGUUGCAAGGAUGGGGACGAGGAGGGCACGUUACAGAGCUUGCACCAGUUCCUGCACCGUAUCAGACAUCUGAAGAUUGUGUUUGAUCAGUCCGAGGAGGUAAUCCGGAGGAACGUCUCCCAAAUUUUAGACAUGCUAGCCCAGCAGAACCACAGGUUGCAAGCACUGUGCAUUGCCUGCACGGGACAGAAUCCUUAUUUCUACGCCGGCCAAGACAUUCUUCAGAGUAUCAGGAAUGUCUGUCGGAGUGAGAACAAAAUUGAUCUUCAGAAGAUUGACUUGCGGCAAAUGCCUUUCACUCUUGAUGAUGAGAUGGUUCAACUGAUCGCAGCCUCCAGCCCAAACUUGCACACCUUGUUCAUUAAUAACCGCACCCUGGUUUGUAACGUCAAGCCAGAAGCCAUGGUGAAGGUCCUCCAGGCUUGUCCAAAGUUGUCUACUUUGGGCGUCUAUUAUGCCAGCCUGUCCGAGGAUGUGUUUCUGGAAUUGGUGAAGCCAAAUCGAGGACCUUUCCAUUGCCUGGACAUUUUCUGUGAACGUCUAGACAAAUAUGUCCCAGUCAUCACUGAAGAGCUUUGGGCUGCAGUGAGUGAGAGGCACCCACAACUCUACGUUGAGCUAGAGUUUGAGCACACAGUCCCUGCAUGGAAGAUACCUCGGAUUCUAAAGCCAAAUAUCCCUGUGACUACUUUGCAACUGAACACCUUUACUUACAUGGUGAACCAGGUUAGGUUUGUCACCAGCAACUACAGCCAGAGUUUGGAGAGGCUGGUCCUUCACACCACAUCGUCUGAUGACCUCAACUUCUCCUUAAUAGAUCUGGCAAAGAAGUGUGUACAUCUGAAAGAGAUCCACUGCUACUGCACAGUCAGCCAAGCAGUGAUCGAUGCCUUCCUGUCGCAUUGCACGGGUCUGAAAAGAUACACUCUGAAGAUCACCAAAGAACGUUACCCCUGGCAACCAGUAAUCGUCUUAUGAUUUGACUAAAGAGUUCAUUUGUGCUUCUCAGCCAAUUCACACAUAACCACAUCCUCGUCUUGCCUGUUUGAUCAGAUGUCUUCUGGGAGUUCUGAACUUCCCAGAUGUGCAGGGGAGAGAUGCGGAUUGGGACUGUGGGAAAUGGAGACCUAAGGCUUCUCCUUUGUGCCACCUGAAAUGGUCCCAAAGAGCUGCAUAUAGCACCACUGGAGACUGCGUGCAAAUUUCCCCAGUGGGGCAACUAAUGGCUUCCCAAGACCCUUUCAAGUUGGGAAAACAGCGUAGACAAACCCCGUCUUUCCCACUAUCCAAAUGGGAACUAAGCUACAAGAGACGGACUACACGAGGAUGAGAUUGGAAGGCUUUGUCAAUUUCUCCUCUCUACAGAGCCAGGGAGAUCCCUGCUCAGAGGGUUUGUUAAUUUCCUCUUUGCCUCUUGAAGGCUCUGUCAGUUUCACCUCCCCUUCUAAGAGGCAAAGAGGAAAUACACAAACCUUCUGAGCAAAUACACAAACCUUCCCCUGGCUCUGUAGAGAGGGGAAAUUGACAAAGCCGUCCGAUCUCUUUUAAAACCCAGAUUCCCAGCUAACAUUGCGACUCCCUUCACGUGCGCCUCCUCAUGUAAUUCGUCUCUUGUAGCUUAGCUCUGGGUCUCCAAUAUGCCUGGAAAUUAAGUUCUGAGCACUUAACUCUCAAUGCCUGUCUGAUCCACAGAGAGGGCUUUGUCAUGUAUCAGUUGGCUCUCAAAUAGCAGUCGCUUGCAUCAGCAGCCAUGUGUUUAUGCGGUACCAACUCUGUUUAUUCCCUACUGAACUGGGAUUGCGGAGAGCACAAUGCACGGAUAAAGCACUUUACUGCAAAAGUGAGACAUGGAGGGAGACGGCUGUUUUAAAAUGUGUGGGCAGCGCAGGCUAUGUAGAACUGAAACGCUUCAUUGCUAAGCUAUUGCCAGAAGAAACAGCUACCAUUUUAAAGCAUGGAUAUCAAUGCAUCUGAAAAGUGAUCUCAGCAACUGUGGUGGGUUGGAGUCACGUGGGUAAAUAGGCUAAGUAUGUAGAAUCUAACACGCAACUAAGAGCUAAACUACAAGGGAUGAAUUACACCAG